AUGACUUCCUACCUCAUCACCGGCUGCUCUCGCGGUCUCGGCCUCUCCAUGGUUGAGACACUCGCCUCAAUGCCAAAAUCGGAGGUCGGCACCAUUUUCGCAACUUCUCGCAGCGAAUCUGCUGCUCUUAAGGACCUUGCUAGCAAGCAUAAUGAUAGAGUUGUGACUGUACUACUGGAUGUACUCAGCUUAGAUAGCAUCAAUGCUGCCGUCACUACAGUGGAAGGAAAAUUGAACGGCAAAGGUUUGGAUGUCUUGAUCAACAACGCUGGAAUCAUGGGCACAGCUCCCGGAGGAGCUCCCGCUAUGAAGGACCUUGAGUCUCACUUCGAAAUGAAUGUUCUUGCUCCGCACCGCAUUACUGUUGCAUUUCUACCACUCCUCAAAGCCGGAAAUCUUAAGAAAAUCGCCAAUAUCACAACAACACUAGGUUCCAUAACCCAAGUACGAAAAUACACAUGGGGAAGCUCACCCGCCUACAAAGUGACCAAAGCAGCCCUCAACAUGCUAACAGCCCAAUACGCGAUCGACCUCGAAAGCGAAGGGUUUACCGUUUUCUGUGUCAGUCCUGGAUGGCUCAAAACUGAUUUGGGUGGUGUUGAAUAUGCUGAUCUUUCAGUGGAAGUCGGUGCCAAGGCGACGCUUGACAAGAUUAUUGGGGCGACAGCGAAGGAUAAUGGGGGGUUUCUCAAUAUUCUGGUGAAGGGAUGGGAGAAGACUGACGGACCUAACCAGUAUGAUGGGCUUAAUCCACCUUGGUAA